AUGGCUGACCUGGAAAUAGAAUUUGUCACAUUAGUUUCAACUGAUAAUUUCAAGUUUAUUAUACUGAAGGAGGUGGCGUCGAUUUCGUCGGUAUUGAGAAACUCGCAAGGUUUCGAAGAAGGCAAAACAGGCAGAAUAGAUCUCGAUAUGGAUGGUGAUAUUCUAGAGUGCAUUGUUGAAUAUUUAUACUAUCAUCAUAAAUACAAGGACCAAGCUGAAAGUGGUGACGUUCCUGAAUUUGAUAUACCCACUCAUUUAGCAUUAGAGUUGUUAGUCAAAGCUGAUUACUUGGAUAUAUAG